CUUCUGUUUUUAUCCCUUUGGUUUCCUUCUACUCUACAAACUGAUGCAAUUUAGCCAAGUUUUGGUAAUCUUAACCUCUCAAUUUAACACAUUCAUAAUUUCAUACCACAAAUGCAGGUUGAAGGCAGAGGGAAGCUAGAGAUUAAAAUGCAAGCUAUGUGGAUUUCAUUGAAUAACAGUUGUAGGAGCAAGAUGAACGAUGUCAUUUGUCGGCCAAAGAAACUCUCCAAGCAAAGAAGCCUAGACCUACUCGAGGAGGAUAAGCAUGAACAUGAGGUUCUCAUUGGUAAUAAAGUUAUGGAGAGUGUUAUAAGCUACAAGCAAACUGCCCCUUCUAGCAGCUUCAAAGAAAUAGGUAUAGGAGACCCAUCAAGGAAAGUCAUUGAAAAGAUCCUUGGAGAUGCUUUAACAAACCCGGCAAAGAAAAUCUCGAAGAUCAGAAAUGUAUUCAGAGUGAAGAACUCACCAGAAGUCCUUGAGAAGUUUGAGAAGUAUAGGGACAUGGUGAAGCAGAAAGCUAAGGAGACAGGAGACAAGCAACCCAGGAGCUUGGUCGACGGGAAUGAGCUCUUAUGUUUCUAUGUCACAACCAUGACUUGCCACAGCAGACAAUCAGAGCUGGUUUCAGGACCUUGUGAUCAUUCUUACUGUAACUUAUGCCGGACUAUAUGCUCUAGUUUUGACAUGAAGUACACAAAAAGGUUCGGGGUUCAACUAUGUACCAGCAGUGAGGCCCUGAGGGAGAGUAUGAAAGCAGUUCUAAAGGGAAAGAAUUCGAAAAGGGCAGUGAUUAUCAGCAGGAUCAUAGCAGGGAGAGUAAAAAGUACAAAUGAUAGAGCAAGUGAAGAGUACGAUUCGAUUAAAAAUUAUAGAGGAUUUUGUUUCAAGUCUGAGCAUCUGAUAGUGAAAAGCCCUAAUGCUGUACUUCCUUGCUUUGUUGUAGUAUUAAACUAAGUUAAAUUUAAUUCAU